AAAAAGUUAUUCAGAACUGAGAGAAAGUAUGGAAACAUAAUUCCCAUGUUGGAAUCAAUGUUAUCUGUGUGCUUCCAUCUCACCCUCCUACAUCUAUCACCUUUCAGAAAAAACUCAAUGCAUGUUGCAGUGCCCGAGUAUACUUUUCCCUUCAAAGAUUUCAGAAAAACAGAUAAUACAGUCUCCUGAAGACUACAAGUGAGAUCCACACUGAACCAAAUCCAGCAAUGUUGUUUUUUGGGGCAUGUCUACAAGUUAUGAAUACUGUGAGGGACUAGUUGUGACCAUGUAAAAUCCCAAAUUGCAUAAAUUUCAUCCCAUGACUAAGAAAUGUUAAAUAUCCUGAGACCAUUUUCUUUGAAUCCUGGUUGGUUUGUUGUAGUUUCCGACUCCCACUGCAGGUUCAGUUCAAUGCUUUUAACCGACCCUGGUCUGUACUAAAGCCUGGCCUUGCAAAAACGGCCCUUUUGUUUUACCUAUGUCGCGGGAGUGCGCAAAUUAACUUGCGCGCUCACGUAUCCGCGGCCCCGAAGAAAAGGUGGAGCACGUGACCCAUUUCGUCGAAUUGUAUUUUAAAUUUCAGUGCGCGCUCCUGGUCCAAGCGAAACGCCGGAGGAACUGAUAAGUCGCUACACCGCAAACAGUCUGUCUCUCUGCGUUAUUAAUAAAUUCCCCGGGAAAAUAGCACAAUGUCUGAAGAAAAGCCAAAGGAGGGAGUGAAGACGGAGAACGACCACAUUAACCUCAAGGUAGCUGGUCAGGACGGGUCAGUCGUACAGUUCAAAAUCAAAAGGCACACUCCACUCAGCAAACUAAUGAAAGCAUACUGCGAAAGACAGGUAAGUCAUUCUGAAAGACUGAAACAUAAAUGUGCAUUUUCCUGGGAUAACAAUAGAACUGUUUUAUUGAUAUGUUAUUUCUGUCUUUUACAGGGAUUGUCAAUUCGUCAGAUACGGUUUAGGUUUGAUGGACAGCCAAUUAAUGAAACGGACACACCUGCACAGCUGGAGAUGGAGGAUGAGGACACUAUUGACGUAUUUCAACAACAGACGGGAGGAGUUUCUUCUUAAGUCGGAUGUGGACUCUUGGGAGAACAUCCACAUCAUUAUUUUCAUGUUUUAUUUGUUUUCUCUUAAUUCUCCCCCCUCCUCCCCCACUGUGCUUGGUCAGGCUGUUCACAACAUAAAAGGUUUUCAUUUGGGGCCAAAUCCUAACUUUGAGAUGCAGGGUAAUUUUUUAAAAAGUGUUUUAUUCACAUAAAUGGAUGAUUUGUAAUUGUCCAAGGCAGGGACACGUCUCAGACAGAUAUGGCUUGUAAUGAAGAAAUAAAAUAACACACUGCGUUCUUUUGAUGUUGAAAUGACCACAUGCAGGUCUCAUAAACCAUAAGCUGAACUACAUGCCAAAAUCCUAUUUUUUUAUUUUAUUUUUUUCCCCUCUUUUUGUUUAAGUUUUCCAGAUUGUUGUGAGCAUUUAAAUUCAGGGUGGGCUCAACUAUUUUUAAUUCAUGUACUUGGAGGAUAGCUGCUAGAUGGCAGCCUGUGGUUUCUCUCUGUAGUUGGGGGAAGACAUAAUGACGACUUUCUCAAGUAAUACACUUUUAGUAGGUUUUAUUUUUUUUUUUUUUUUUUUUUUUUUUUUUCCCCUUCCCCAAGGAACAUUGAAAAUGAUUUGAUGUAUCCCUGCUCAAGAAAGAACUGUGCUGAGAAAGAUUCAUGUGGCUGGUGUAUCUCUAUACUGUCACCCUCGACUCUUUGGUAAAUAAAGUACAGUCAUGUUUCUGGACCAAAAAGCUAAAUGAAUAGUGUUCUUUUAUAAAAAAGGGUUUGGUUAAUAUAUAAUCUGUAGAUGUAAAGGGUUUCUGUGAGCAAAACAGUUCUCUUGAUGUGUUGAUUUCUUUCCACCUUUUCAGAACUUCAGAAUAAAAGUAAUUCACCUUAACCAGUGUCCCAUCCGCUGUUAUAUAAUUUAGUCUGUGUAUAAAUAUAUAUUGAGUCAAUGUUGUGUUGCCAAUAUGAAUACAUUUGUCCAACAUCUAUCCAAACAUCCUUAGUUUGUUUGACUCUUGUGUGUUGGUAAGUAGAAAUCUUGUUUUAUAAGAAUGUCCUUCGUUUUUGUGUCUUCAUUUGUUAGCUUUGCAGGGUGACAUUGGCAGAUCACCCCUCCCCACCCCCUCCCCAUUUUUGUUUUGGGAUUUGUACAUUAUUUGUUGUCCCUAUACUGUAUACAAUAAAUAUAGUUUGAUACUCCGCCUCUUGCAUUGUAUAUUACCUUCCAUUUGUGUGCUAUAAGAUGAAUCUUUUAGCAUGAUACAGGGCAAGUAUUUUGAAAUAUUCAAUUCUAACAACAUGCAGUAGUUAAAGGGCUGACUAUACUCCUGAAUACUGGUUUGAUUCAUGUAACCAUAGGUGCAAAUCAAUUCUGGCCUCCUAAUUAAUGCUAUGGUGGAAACUAAAGAGUGAUUGUUUCCAGAUUUGAAACCGUGGAACAGGUUGAUUUCACCAAGCCCAAAAUGAUAUGAUUUGUUAAGUGUGCCUUGAAAAUGUUUGUGUUAAUAAAGUAGUUUGAUCCAGAGGCAAUACUCUUUACAUACAUCAGAGGGCGCUGUUGUUCUGAAGACUCGGGAUCACUGCUUGCUCUGCUAGAUCUGCAUUUCUACUUGUUUGAAUCGCUGACGUCUACAGCCCUUAAAAUAAAACACAAAGACACAUUUGUUGCUCCACUCCAGCCUUGUGAGGGCCAUAACUCCACGGGC